AUGAAUGAUAAAAAUGAUAUCGAGUAUGGGCCAGGUGAAAGUAUUGAAAAUGAUGAUGAUGAUGAAGAUGAUGAUGAAAAUCAUGUUGAUCUUAAUCUUGAUGAUGACGAUGAUGAUGAUGAUGGUGAUGAUGAUGAUGAUAAUGAUCUUGAUGAUAACAAUGAUGAUGGAUUUAUGGAUCGAAUACCAUCAAUUAAACGAAGCAAAUUACCAAAUUUUUAUGAAUUUACAUUUGAUGUUAAAAAUACAAUUCGUAAAAAUACGACGAAAUUAUCAAAUAUUGAUAGAAAUCCAGCUUUAUAUCCAUUCCUUGAAGAAUAUAAACCAGUAGAUAUUAAUAAUGAAAUAAUGGAUGAAUCACAUUCAACAAUAACAUUAUGGGAUGAUUGUUGUGAGUAUGCUCAACAAAUUAGUGAAAUUGCUCGAGUAUGGUUUCAAAAAUCCUCUGAUACAACAAAUAUUGAUGAAAUAACGACCGAUCAAACAACUUUUACAAUUUAUCCAAAAUAUAACGAUUUGACAAAAUUCACCAUGGAUACAAUCGAAUUGGACAAUCGGCGCCAACCACUAUCAUCGCCUAUUAAUGGUACACCAUCAACUAUCGAUGUAUUACCUGAAGGAUUUCUCACUCAUUUACCAUCAUCAACCGUAUCAGUUCAUCGACGCUUACCACCAUUACCAGUUGAUUCAUUAUCAGCAGCAAUUAUCACCACCGCUACUACUGAUACUACUGCGAUCACUACUACUACUAUUACUACUACUACAUCUGCUGCUUCAUUAGCUGGACAUUACACUCAGACAAUAUCUCCAAUGUCAGCAGAUUUUUUUUCACCACCAACAACAAUCAUUUCUCAUCCUGUUCAACCAAUUGCUAAAGAAGAUCAUAGGAUUUGCUUUGGUACAGAUUCAGUGAUGGGUAAUUCAGUAUUACUCUUUGAGGAUAGCUAUUAUGAAGAUAGUAAUCUAAAUGAUAGUCAACUUCCUUCUCGAAAAGCCCUUUCACAGUUUGGUCAAGAAGAUUCGUCAGGUGUAUCAAGUUGUUGUACGACAGGAAUAAAUCUACGAACUAAUCAACAUGGCAUUUUUCCAUCAGCACAUGUUUGUGAAAUUGAUUUGGUUGAAGAAAUUUGCAUGGGAGCUUUACCAAGUAAUGUUAAUCAAACGAUGACAAGUGAACGUGACACAUUUUAUCUGACAAUGUUAGCAUCAAUUGAAGUUGCGCAUCAUAAGGGAAAUGAUAUCCUUGUACAGGCUAUGAAUAAGGUACUUAAUGUUUAUCAAAAUAAGGAAGAAGUAAUAGUACCACAAACAGUACUAAUGGAAGUAUCAUAUCGUGGUAUACAUAUUAUUGAUAAACGACGAAAGAAUUUUUUUCAAUGUCCUACAUUUGAUUUCUUCUAUAGCUUACAAAAUAUUUCAUUUUGUGGUGCACAUCCAAAACAACUUAGGUAUUUUGGUUUUAUAACGAAGCAUCCAUUAUUGCCACGUUUUGCAUGUCAUGUUUUCUUAUCGAAUGUUUCAACACAACCAAUUGUUGAAUCUAUCGGACGUGCUUUUAAACGUUCAUACGAUGAAUAUAUGGCAUUUGCACAUCCAACGGAAGAUAUUUAUCUUGAAUAAUUAUGGAUUAAAUUUAAUCGAUUCAAUAAUUGUAUAUUAUUUGGAAAGAAAUAUUUCAAUUUAUUUUUAAACAGACAUACUGUAUAACAUGUUAGUUUUGGAAGGAAAACAAUAACAAAAUUUCUAUGAUUGAAUUAAUUUUAUUACAC